ACGCUGCACGGCUUGACGGACAAGCAACGCCAGCGCCUAGAAGCCCUGCAACUGUAUCUCAACAAGCCUAAACCAGUUCUCAUCUGCCGGCCUUGCGGUUACGCAUUGAAGGCGUUUAGGGAGCACGUAAGCCGCCACCUGGCCAAGAAACACGAUGUGCCUAAGCCGGAACGCCAUAGGCUAAGCGCAUUAGUAAAGUCCCUACGGCUAGGGGACCCAAACAACAUUGCUCCUCGUCCCAACAGCCUCCCGCCGCAUGGAACACUGUUAGUCACCUGCGGCCACGCGUGUCGUCACUGCAGCUAUCGCACAGCAAGCGAUGACCUAGUCUGCCGUCACCUCAGCAAGGUACACGGCAUCAGGGACUCGCGCAAGGCGGAAGGCUGGCAACGGGACCAGAUUCACAGCAGUGUCCUACUACAGAGCUGGUCACAGAAUGGUGCGCGGGGCUACUGGAUAGCCCAGUCCACCACGCCAGGGUUGCCGCCGCCCCGCAAGACAGGCCCUAUGCGUCGCACAGGCUGGGAUCUUAUGUUCAACAGUGCCUACCGCGACUUCCUUGUGAGGAUCAUCCCAGAGGACAAAGCCCAGUUACAACGUAUUAUAUCAGCUGUGGACAGCGUAUUUGACUGCUGCAAGGAUACAAUAUGGUCCAUGGAUGUCUCUAUGCGCUGCUGGCUCUGCAGCUCGGAGCCCUAUCGGCCGUACAAGGCCCCAUUUAAGCUGGUUGGCCGGCAGGCCACUAUAUACAAGUACUGCCGCCUAGUGAAAAGGCUUCUGUCCUUCUGUGUGCAGCUGUAGUGUCUUCCUCUGGGGACACAGCUGUUGUACUGCCGGAGACCCCUCACUAUUGCUUAAUUACGUGCGCUUGAGGUAUUCUGGUUUGACGAAAUCUGGGACACCUUAUGUCUAGAUGACGCUGCGGCUGAUGUUUUGACCAAGACCAGCACUACCUUGGCUUCCAACGAUGCACUGGAC